ACAAUUACAGAAUACACAUUUAAAAAAAAAAAAAAAAAAAGCUGCAAGAGACCAGAGAUGUCUAGACGAAAACAGGCCAAACCACGCUCCGUGAAAGCGGUAGAAGAAGGAGAGUCUUCAGAGUGUGGAGGGAACUGGGAUGAAUCAACUGUCCAGACGGAAGUCCCUGCAGCUGACAGAGAGACAGAGCCCAAAGAAGGCCACAGGGCAGGUGCUGAGGAUGGAGAUCAAGACGAGCAUGACGACCGCGAUCAUGACGACGACCUCGACGACGAAUCCAUCUUCACCUGCGACAACUGUCAACAGGACUUUGACUGUCUGGCCGAGCUCACCGAACACAGAACCAACCACUGCCCAGCUGAUGGUGAUGAUGACCCAGCAGGGCUGUCCUGGGUGCCUUCCUCGCCUUCUAGUAAAGACGUGGCGUCACCUUCGCAGAUGCCCGAUGGCUGCUGUGACCUUGGCAUGGCCACCGGCGGUGAGGAGGAAGGAGGCGCCGGCCUGCCGUACCCCUGCCAGUUCUGUGAUAAGUCCUUCAGCCGUCUGAGCUACUUGAAGCGCCACGAGCAGAUCCACAGCGACAAGCUGCCUUUCAAGUGCACCUUCUGCAGCCGCCUGUUUAAACACAAGAGGAGCAGAGACCGCCACGUCAAACUCCACACAGGAGAUAAGAAGUACAGUUGUCAGGAAUGUGAAGCUGCAUUCUCUCGCUCUGAUCAUCUGAAGAUCCAUCUCAAGACACACAGCUCCAGCAAACCAUUUAAGUGCAGUGUGUGUAAGCGUGGCUUCUCCUCCACUUCAUCAUUGCAGAGCCACAUGCAGGCUCAUCGCAAGAACAGAGAGCACCUUGCGCUGAGGAGCGAGAGGGACGGAGGGAAAAAGGGAGCAGGAGGAGAGGGUUUCUUGGAGCAGGACCUGUAUAUGUGUGAUUAUUGCGAGGAGACGUUCAGCCAGACCGACGAGCUAGAGAAACACGUCCUGACCAGACACCCCCAGCUGUCCGACCGAGCUGACUUGCAAUGCAUCCACUGCCCUGAGAUCUUCCUAGACGAGGCCUCACUCCUCACGCAUAUUGAAACGCAGCAUGCCAACCGCAAACACAAAUGUCCGGUCUGUUCGGAACAGUUCCCCUCUGUGGAGGACGUCUACUGCCACCUAGACAGCCACCGCCAGCCUGACUCCUCCAAUCACAGCGCUGCCAGUCCUGACCCUGCGCUGGGCAGCAUCGCUUCAAUGAGCUCAGCGACUCCAGACUCCAGCGCCAGCCUGGAGAGAGGAUCCACGCCCGACUCGACCCUGAAGCACAGCCAGGGCAGCGAACGAAGCCGCAGGAGAGGUGGGGGAGGACAUUGGGGUAAAGUGACGUACUCUUGCCCUUACUGCUCCAAGAGAGACUUCCAUAGCCUGGCGGUGUUGGAGAUCCAUUUGAAGACCAUCCACGCAGAUAAGCCGCAGCAGAGCCACACGUGCCAACUCUGCCUCGACACUCUUCCGACGCUCUACAACCUCAACGAACACGUGCGUAAAGCUCACCGUGCCAGCGGAGGGACCGUUAGUGCAGCAGCUGCAGCUUUUCCCCUGCUGCAGUUCACCAACGUCACGGCGUUCCACUGUAACUACUGCCCAGACAUGUUUGGAGACAUCAACUCUCUGCAAGAACACAUCAGAGUGUCCCACUGCCUGCCCGGCGGGAUUGUGGCGGGAUCCACCACAUUAGAAGGGAACCAUGCCUUCUUCUGCAACCAGUGCUCCAUGGGAUUCCUGACCGAAUCUUCGUUGACAGAGCACAUUCAACAGACGCACUGCAACUCAGCUAUAGGGGGUGGUGCCUCUGGAGGAGCCGUGGCCAAACUGGAGUCCCCCGUGCUACAGGCUGCAUCCCAAUCCUUCAUGGAGGUUUACUCCUGCCCUUACUGCACCAACUCUCCUAUCUUCGGCUCACUCCUCAAGCUCACCAAGCACAUAAAGGAGAACCACAAGAACAUCCCAUUGGCUAACAACAAGCGGCAGGCGAAGGUUGCCGAUCUAAGCCCCGCCUCCUCUGACGUAGAGAUCUCCUCCCCGAAACGCCACAGACUGGGAGGAGACUCCACCCCCUCCAUGGGGAGCAAUGGGGACUACCCGUGCAAUCAGUGUGACCUGCGAUUUGCAAACUUUGAGGGUUUCCAGGCCCACCUGAAGUCACACUUGGAGAUGCUGCUGAGGCGCCAGUCCUGCCCCCAGUGCAACAAGGAGGACUUUGAAACCCAGGAUGCAUUGCUUCAACACUUGACGGUGCACUACACAACCACGUCGACUCAGUAUGUGUGUGAGAGCUGCGAUAAGCAGUUCUCUUCUGUGGAUGACCUGCAGAAACACCUGUUGGACAUGCACACAUUUGUCCUGUACCACUGCACACUGUGCCAGGAGGUCUUUGACUCCAAGGUCUCCAUACAGGUUCAUUUGGCAGUGAAGCAUAGCAAUGAGAAGAAGCUGUUUCGCUGCACAGCCUGUGCCUGGGACUUCAGGAAGGAGUCAGACCUUCAGAUCCAUGUUAAACAUAACCACCUUGGCCAGAGGUCAGGCCUCCCAGGGGGGCUUGGAGCAGGACUCAAGCCCCGGAAGUGCAUCUUCUGUGGGGAGACGUUUGGAACCGAGGUGGAGCUCCAAUGCCAUAUCACCACUCACAGCAAGAAGUUCACGUGUCGCUUCUGCGGCAAAGCCUUCCACGCCCUAUCACUGCUCGAGCGACACCUGAGGGAGAAGCACUGCAUCUUCGACGGCGGCAACAUCACUGGCAACGGAGGCGGCACGGGAAGCAGCGGGAGCCACAACGGGACGCCAAACGGCCUGGCGCAGUCCUCCAAGCGGGGAGGAGGAGGAAGCGGCGGCAACGGGGGUGUGGUAGGUGUCGAAAGAGCAACGGUGGCGGCUGCUGAACAAGCCGACCUGCAGAACAUGCUGCUGAAGAACAGUGUUGUUGGAGGAGGAGGCGGCCAGGGAGGAGACACGGCCAACAGCCACGAGGCAAGCGGAGGUGAGGAGGAGCUGGACAAUUCAGAACCCAUGUAUGCCUGUGAUAUCUGUGGAGCGGCCUACACCAUGGAGUCCCUUCUGCAGAACCACCGGCUGCGUGACCACAACAUCCGACCAGGAGAUGAUGACGCUAGUUCUCGAAAGAAGAAGGCAGAUUUCAUCAAAGGGAACCACAAGUGCAACGUGUGCUCCAGAACUUUCUUCUCUGAGAGCGGGCUUCGUGAGCACGCUCAGACGCAUCGCGGCCCCGCCAAACACUACAUGUGUCCAAUUUGUGGCGAGCGUUUCCCCUCUCUGUUAACCCUCACCGAACACAAGGUGACCCACAGUAAGAGCCUGGACACAGGAACCUGUCGAAUCUGCAAGAUGCCCCUGCAGAGUGAAGAGGAGUUUAUAGAGCAUUGCCAGAUGCACCCUGAUCUCCGCAACUCCCUCACCGGCUUCCGUUGCGUCGUCUGCAUGCAGACAGUCACCUCCACCCUGGAGCUAAAGAUCCACGGCACCUUCCACAUGCAGAAGCUCUCCGCUGGUUCUACACUUGGAGGAGCUGGAGGAGGAACUGGGAAUGGAGGAGCAGGAGGAAACGGCUCAACAUCUUCAUCCCCUAACGGGCUGCUGCAGCAGCAGCACAAGCUGUAUAAAUGCGCCUUCUGCCUAAAGGAGUUUAAGAACAAAGGGGAGCUGGUGAAGCUGGAUGUCAACGGCCUGCCUUAUGGCCUCUGUGCAAGCUGCAUGAGUAGGGGCACAAAUGGCCAGAGCCCCAAUCAGGGAGGAGCUGCAACACCUGGGGACACGCAGGGAGACAAGGCCAUGGCUGGGCUGAGGUGUCCAGAGUGCGGCGUGAAGUUCGAAAGCGUGGAGGACUUGGAGAGUCAUGUCCAGACAGAUCACCCUGAGGUCAGCCCUGAAACCAGCUCAGCAGGGAAGAAGGCAGAGGCUUCACCUGCACCCAGAAAAAGAACCUACCAGUGUAUUAAAUGCCAAAUGACGUUUGAGACAGAAAGGGAGAUCCAGAUUCACUCUGCGAACCACAUGAUCGAGGAGGGCAUCAAUCACGAGUGCAAGCUGUGUAACCAGAUGUUUGAUUCACCUGCCAAGCUGCUUUGCCACCUGAUAGAGCACAGCUUCGAAGGCAUGGGAGGUACCUUCAAGUGUCCCGUCUGCUUCACAGUGUUUGUGCAGGCCAACAAGCUCCAGCAGCACAUUUUUGCUGUCCACGGCCAGGAAGACAAGAUCUAUGACUGUUCCCAGUGUCCGCAGAAGUUCUUCUUUCAGACUGAACUACAGAACCACACACUGAGUCAGCACGCGCAGUGAGACCGAGGCCCGGCAGGAUCUCUCGGCUCAGCCGGGGCCCCCGACCCGGAGCCGGCAGGGGACCCCCAUCUCCACAUCACAGCCAAUCAAAGUGUCAUUUGCUACUCACAUGUAAAACUCUAACGAUCGCGCCACUGGGCGCGGCUAUUAGGAGCAGCGGGGGAAAGGAAUAUUAAUGGGAUGUGCUAUUAAAUAAAGAAAGGAAAAGUGGGUGAGAGAAAUGGUAAGAGCUAGAUGAAGGAAAGAGAGGAGUGAAAAACGGUAUUGUACGUGCAGUAUUUUUUAUUGUCCCUGCCAAACCCCCCCACCCCCCUACCACCACUACCAGCUUCUUCCUCCUCCCCUUCUCCUUCUCCUCCCCUCCCACCCAUCGCUCCCCAGGUCAUGCAUUUUAUUUUUUUUAACAAAUAAAAAGGAAAAAAAAGCAAGUUUUUGUUUUUUUGUUUUUUUUUGUAAUAGAUUGUAGGAAAAAGCUUCACUUUCUCGUCCCCUCAGUUUCUUAUUGUAUUCAACUUCAUAGGUACCAAUAUCUUUGAUUUUUCUUUCUGCCAUAUGCGCUUAUUUUCUUUGUUUUCAUUUUUGUACCUUUCAUUUCUCGCCGUCAGUAGGUACUUGUGCUGUGUUGUGAUUGUUUGUUUGCCAGUCGUAAUAUUCCUGAGUUUUUCCCCCCCGACUCUCCUUUUUAUGAUUAUUGUUAUAUAUAUUUUUUUUCUUUUUUGUAAUUACUAUGAAAAAAGACAUCAAACUAAAUAAAGUGCAGAAAACCAUACAGAUGUUUCUUUUUUUUUCUCUUUUUUUUUUCUUGGAUUGGGUUUUCCAGUCUCUAUGGGGCCUAUAAUGGUUAUUGUAAAAAUGAAUAUCAUCAAUUUCAGUGCGUCUGGUCAAUGACUGCUUUUUAAAUGUGAAUUAACCAGAUUGCAAUAAUCUAGUACAGACAAA